UCUCUGACUGCAGCAAGAAAGGCAGAAACGAAUAUUCUGGUAGUCCAAUUUUUCGGGACAGAAUGAAGGACCCAGUCACUAUUCCAUGUGGACACAUUUACUGUAUGAGCUGUAUUAAGAACUGCUGGGAUCAGACAUCAUAGAGGCGUAUACAGCUGCCCCCAGUGCAGAGCAACCUUUCCAAGGAUUGAUCAGUGCAGAAACACCAUGCAGGCUAGAUUUAGAGAAUCCAAGAAGAGAAGGCUCAGUCCUCCUCCUGCUCAAAGUUAUGCUGGACUUGGAGAUGUGCCGUGUGAUGUCUGCAGUGGGAGUUCAAAGUUCAAAGCUGUGAAAUCCUGUUUGACGUGCCUGGCCUCUUACUGUGGAAUACACGUCAAGCCACACUAUGAGGGGGCUGCUUUCAAGUGGCACAAACUGAUCAAUGCAAUUGGAAAUCUGGAGCAGAAGCUUUGUACUGAACAUCAAAAGGUUGUGGAGCUCUUCUGUAGAACCGAUCAGAAGUGUAUUUGUGUAUUAUGUACUGUCAAGAAACACAAGAGCCAUGAUGCAGUCUCAGUUGAGACAGAAAGGACUAUUCAACAGAAGCAGCUGGGAGAGACACAUACAGAAAUACAACAGAAAAUCCAUGAGGGACUACACAAGCUGGAGGAGCUGAAGGGGGAUAUGGAGUCACUGAAAAGCUCUGCACAGAAAGAAAUGGAGAAAAGUGAGAAGAUCUCUAAUGAGCUGAUCCAAUCCAUUGGCAAUAUCCAGACUGAGGUUACUGGGCUGAAUCAGGCUAAAGCACUCAUGAAGAAACUGGAGCAGGAGACUGUUGAGCUAAGGAGGAGAAACACUGAGCUGAAACAGCUUUCAGAGACAGAGGAUCACAUCCACUUUCUACAGAAUAUCCAGUCUCUCUGUGCCCCUCCUGAAGCUGGAGACUUACCCAGCUUUACUGUCAAUACAGACAUCUCUUUUGUGGCAGUGAGGAAAGCUGUAACUGAACUUAAAGGCCAUAUUGAGGACUGCAAGCAGAAAUUAGUCAAAAUAACCACAACAGGUACACUGCCAGAGACUAGGCUGAAACACAAAAUGUCUCAAAGACCUUUUACCACUGAAAAAGCGAUUGAUAUGCCUACCCCUUCGUCCACAAAUAAUUCUGAUGCAGGGAAUGUGAGUGAUCACGACAGCGAUGAAUCACGGAUUUAUGAAACAUACAGUUCCUCCAGUGAAAGCCAGGAUGAUGCCACUGAAGUGCCAUGACCACAGAGAGGGCUCCCCAGGCACAGAAGAGUUUGCAAAACACAUACAGUAGCACUCUCUGGGCUUUUCAUUUACACUGUACUGUAGCUACAACUGCAAUUGGCAUACAUUUCUACAAUGACACAAAGUACGGAGUGGACAUUUUAGACCAGAUGGCACGUCAGUACUCUGUGAAAGCCGUUCUCACUGGUGGACAGUUGCUGUGUUUUACAAUGUACUGGACCUGGCAGCCAUCAAUUCCUUCGUUUUGCACAAGGAAUGCACCGGGGAAAAAUAUCAGUAGGAGAGAUUUCAUCUUGAAGCUAGCAACAGCGCUUUGGCAGAAACAUUUCAAUCAGAAAACUGCAAAGCAGCAGGCUGCUGCUGAUCAAACUGGAUUCAGUGCUGCACAGAGUGACACAUGCAAGAGAAAACAAUGCCAGGUAGCUAAAUACAAUAAAAAUAAAACUUCUGAUAUCUGUGCCCAAUGUGAAAGAGCAGUUUGUGGUAAAUGCACAGGAAAAGUUGACAAAUGCUACAUCUGUGUGGAUUGUGUUACUUAGGGUGUUACUUUGAAAGCGCAUUCACGUUACAUAAUGGGAAUUUCGUUAUUUUCUUUUUUUAUGUUACUUUUUAAAAUAAUUUAGUUUUUGCAGUUUAUGUACCUGUAUACAUCUGUUUACACACUAGUUUCUUUUGAAAUGUUUAUUUUAUUAUAGUUUUUUCAUUUUUUGAAGUAGUGCUUUAUAUGUGUCAAGUUAGAAAAUAAAUCCUUAUAUGUUUAACUGCUCAUUUAAAUACAGCGUUUUGGCUGUGCAGAUGUCUGAUACGAUGUGCUUGAA